UACAAACGGUUACAAGCCGAAUAAGCAAAAAAUAUGGAAAAUAUUCAUAAUAAUACAGAAUUACAUUUAUUUAAAGAACAAUAUGAUACUAUAAAAGAAAAACCGAAUUCGUUAUUACUGAUACUGAAUAAAUUUGUAAAGAUACAUCUCAUUAAAAAUAUAUCUUUUGAAGGUUUUGUGUCUUCUAUUGACCCAAUCACAUAUAGCAUAAUCAUCCAAAAACCCCAAGAAGACUCAUAUCAAACUAUUUUAUUACCUGGCCAUGCAAUUUUGGAUAUCAUUGAGAUAGCUUUACCACCUAAUACAGAACCUCCUUCUAGAAGAAAGUUAAAUGACAUCUCAGAAAAAGAAAUAUUGGACAGAAAAUUAAAAAUUAUUAGUUGGUUAAAAUGGAAUUUACUUCCUGUGACCGAAUUAGAUAAUAAAAUUAUGUUUGGCAAUGCCAGUAUAUUACCUCCAUACACAAUUAUGGAUAUAUGCACUGACAAUCCUAUGGUGGCAAUGCAAAUGAAGAAAAUUAUUAAGAGUAUGCCAUCAGACUUUAAUCCUGAGUAAAUUGAAAUCACUUUUAUUAUUAUAAUGAUUUACACAAUAAGUUAUAAUUUUUUAUAAAU